CUCCCGCUCGUCGGGGCUGCUCCAGGCUGCGCCCAUCGCCGGUGAGGCGGAGGCAGUCCCCACCUGCCUGUGACCGGCUGCUUGCUAUCCAAGUGUUACCCAACCGCGGCGGCGGCAGCGAUGUAAGCAAACCCCGCCCGGGCUAGGAGGCAACCUGGCCAGCCGCAUGCGCGAGGCAGGCGGGCCUCGCCAAGGCGCUUCCCCGCUGAAGCCGGGAUGGCAAGAGCAAAGAAGGGGAUGCCUGGUUGUUUGGGGCUUUCCAGAUAAACGGGGUUACAGCUGUCCCUCUCCCCAACCGGGGUGCUUAGGGACAGAGGGCAAUGUCGUCCCACAGAACGGGAGACAACCCCCCCCCAAGUCGUAGCAGAGAGUACUUUAGCCUUUCCACGGGAGAAGUGGGAGCCAGUCCACGAAAACCGGCUAAUUACAAAGAAAAAGCUGGAUAUUCGCUUAGUUGUAGCCAAAUAUCAGUUGCCAGCGCGGGAGUUUUAAUCUUGGCUGGGACUGGGGGAAAGCCAGUUAUAUUAAUACUCUUCGGCGACAAUAAGGAAGGUGAAAAGAGGAAAAAUUGCUCGGGAGUGCUUUUCAUGGUCCAAGUGGACCAAAGGCAACGGAACAAUAAACCCGCGCCGGUUCCCAAGAAGAGCCAAGUCUGUGCAGCCUCCGGGAUGCGAACUUGAAAACAAAGCCACGUGAUUCGGCUCAAAUGAUCCCUCACAUGAUCGCGGAUAGAGGAAGGGCUGGCCGGUGACGGUGAAAGGGUGAGCCGAGGAGGAGGAGGAGGAACUGGGAGCAGCCUCUUUCUCUCUCUCUCGGACUAGGGAUGGAGAGCGAAGCGGUGGCCACGGAGGUGGCCGCUUUGGAGCCAUUGCAUGCUGGUGAGCAAGUCAAACCAUUUACACCAGAAGAAGCUAAAGAAAUUGUGAUGACUCUUCAAAAACCAGUGGUCUUCAACAACAUGACUUUCGAUUGGCCGGUACUUCAUUGGAAUGUUACACAUCUGGCUAGUCUAUUGGCUGGAAAGAAAAUACUUUUUAGAAUAGGAAGGAAGGACACAGCUACGGCUCCUCUCUUCGAAACGGAGUGUGCGUAUGCAGAGGCUACGCUUGAUGAUUUUCUGGCCUGGAGUGGAAGACAGCAACCUUGUCCUUCUGGACCAUUCAGUAGUUAUGAUUUGUGUAAAUACUGGAUGUAUGCUGACUAUAAGUACAUCAAUAUGCUAUUUGAAGACAAGCCAGAACAUUUUCAGGAUAUUCGAUGGUCUGACUUUGGAUUUCCUGGAAGAAAUGGAAAGGAGAGCACUCUGUGGAUUGGCUCCACCGGAGCAAACACACCUUGUCAUUUGGAUUCCUAUGGUUGCAACUUGGUGUUGCAGGUGCAAGGCAGGAAAAGGUGGCAUCUGUACCCACCUGAAGACUCCAGACUACUGUAUCCUACCAGAAUUCCCUAUGAAGAAUCUAGUGUAUUCAGCAAAGUCAAUGUGCUUAAUCCAAAUCUGAGGCAAUAUCCGCUGUUCAAAAAAGCACGAGCCCACGUGGUUACACUUAAUCCUGGCCAGGUCUUGUUGGUUCCUAAACACUGGUGGCAUUAUGUUGAGUCCAUUGACCCCAUCACCGUUAGCAUUAAUUCUUGGAUUGAACUGGAUACAGAUCAUGGAGCCCGCAUAGAAGAGGCAAUAACUCGAACAAUGAUAUGUGCAAUCAAAUCUGCAGAAAACCCCAGUGACACAGAUUCUUGGCUCAACCCCACAGAGGUUGAGGUAACCUCCCAUAACACCAAUCUUGAGUAUUUAAACAAAGCCGUGUCUUCCUAUUUAGAACAUCAAAAGACAAGUGCAAUUAAGCACCAGUUCCCUCAAAUGCACAGUACUGAUGGAAUUCUUCAAGAGUCAUGCAAGAGGAGGAAAGUACAGAUCAAUACAGAAUCUGAGUGCAUAAAAUCUAAACCCCUUGACUCUAGCAGAACAGUAAUUGAAACAGAAAAGCUGACAAUUCCCUUUGGACAGAGCCUUUUUCAGGUUUUACCACAGUCCCAGGAAACUUAUCCAACUGGAGUAGCUGAAUGUGACAAUAAAGACCUUGUCAGUGAAAGUGAUAGACAUUUUGGAAAAUUACAUCCUGCUGGGAAGACAUCUGGGAUGACAACUGAUUCUGGAACCCUCGUGGAGGAUCUAGAAUGCAUGACCACCUUCCCACAAACUCUCAUUUCUACUAAUGAUUUGUUAGAUUGUGCACUGAACCCACAAGUCGUGCGUUUAAUAGCUCGUCUUUUAUUGGAGAAAGUGAAUGUUUCGAAUAUAUUGAAAUAAUUUUUUUUAAAAAGCAAUGACAAAAUGUACUCUGGAAGGUCCUGAACUUAGGACAACUAGCAAAUAAGAAUUGAAAGGCAUUUUAAAAAGUACAAAUGUAGACUUCCAAAUAAUAUAAUGGUUAAGCCUGUGAAAGGUAAUAUGAGGCAGAUAAUACAGUAGGGCCAUAAUAGUAUUGUACACAGUAGCAGUAAUCAUAAUAAAUACUUCAUGUAAAGGUUUAUAGGCUUUCAUAAUACUGUAUCAUUUUAGGAACUUUUGAAUAGAUCUGUCAGGUUAAUGGCAUUAUUAUUCCGACAUGUUAGACAUGGCUCCUGAAUCAGAGAGAGAUUAGUUCAUCUAAUCCAAAGGUGAUAUUGAAAAAGUAUUUCCAAUCAGAAGUUCAUGUUCUUACAGAAUUAACUCAAAAGAAGUGGGGGACAAUUACGUCUACUUUUCAGGGAGUAAGUAUUUUUCCCCUAGCCAUCUAAUUCCUACAUGGCAAAUGAACUCUAGUCUCCCCAGAUCUGUGCUAUCAUUUAUUAUUAUUAUUAUUAUUAUUAUUAUUAUUAUUAUUAUUAUUAUUAUUAUUAUUAUUAUUAUUAUUUAUUGAAUUUGUAUACCGCCCUACUCCCGAAGGACUCAGGGCGGUGAACAGCCAAAUAAAAUUCAUAUGGUUUAAUGGUUAAAAAACUAUUAAAAUACAAUUAAAUAAUUGGCCCGGAAACGAAAUUUAAAACACCCCAAAUUCAUAAGACAAAUUUAAAAUUUAAAAAUUUUAAAAGUUAUUAAAAACGUUUAAAAGAGAGGUUAGGCCAGGCCGGCCUGCUGAAAAAGAAAUGUUUUGAUGGCACGGCAGAAAGCGCGCAGGUCCAGGAUCCUCCGUAUCUCCGGUGGGAGCUCGUUCCAGAUGGCGGGUGCCCCCACAGAGAAGGCUCUCCCCCUGGGGGCCGCCAGUCGACAUUGUUUGGCCGACAGCACCCUGAGGAGCCCCUCUCUAUGGGAGCGUACUGGUCGGUGAGAGGCUACUGGUGGCAGAAGGCGGUCUCGUAGAUACCCCGGUCCUAAGCCAUGGAGCGCUCUAAAGGUGGUAACCAAAACCAUGAAGCGCACCCGGAAGACCACCGGGAGCCAGUGCAGCUCGUGCAGGAGGGGGGGUCACAUGUGAGCGCCCCGUCGCUCCCAUAACCACCUGCGCGGCCGCAUUCUGGACCAGCUGGAGCCUCCGUGUGCUCCUCAAGGGGAGCCCCAUGUAGAGAGCAUUGCAGUAGUCCAGGCGGAAAGUAACGAGGGCAUGAGUGACCGUAUUUAACGAGUCCUGAUCCAGAAAGGCGAACCUGAUAAAACGCCUUUAAUCUUUGCCAUAUACAGUAUAUCAUCUAUUAUUUUCCAUCUAGUCCAUGAAGAAGGAAUGAACCUGGAUGGGCAAACAUUAGUUACAAAGUAGCAAAUGCAAGGAUGUGUUGUUAGAGCAAGGUUCUUGAUUACUGUGUUAUGGUUUUCCAUAUGACUUCCCCAUGGGGGAUGACUGUAUAGGGAUUAAAUUCCCUAUACAAAGCUGUCCUUUCUUAAAGAUCGAUACCCCAACCUUUUUCAAUUCAGUGCCAUCCAGAUAUGUUGUACUAGAAAAUCCAGCAUCCCCUUUUGUAAGACAGGCUGCAGUAAUAUGCUGUGUGCUACAUCUUCUGUACCCAUAAAAAUAACUUCAUCAUA